AUGGCUUCAGUUCUACGCACAUCAGCUCACAUUAGAGCCGCUGUCCGCACCAAGCGGUCGUUUUCGACGUACCAUGCACUCCGUGCUAGCACAGCGGCGUCAGCCAGCUCAAAAGCGCCCACCGAGAGAGCGUAUUUCACAAAUGAACCAUCUGGUCCUUCCAUAAAGACCGCUAUUCCCGGUCCCAAAAGUCAACAGAAAAUUGCGGAACUCAAUCAAGUUUUCGAUACCAGGGCCCUUAAUAUGUUGGUGGAUUACAGCUCGUCAGUUGGGAACUACUACGCCCAAAUUGCCUCAAUUCCAGUGGGCUACAACAACCCCAAUCUCCUCGAAGCCACAAAAUCACCCGAAAUGGCCAGUGCCCUUAUCAACAGACCAGCCUUGGGCAAUUUUCCCGGGCAGGACUGGGCUCACAUCCUCGAAUCAGGACUUCUCAGAGUCGCCCCGAAGGGCAUGAAUCAAGUAUUUACUUCCACCACCGGUUCCGAUGCAAACGAGACCGCGUACAAAGCUGCUUUCAUGUACCACGCACAGCAAAAACGUGGAGGCCCCGAGGUCGAAUUCACCAAGGAUGAGAUCUCCUCCACCAUGUCCAACCAGUCUCCAGGCUCACCAAACUACUCUAUUAUGUCCUUUGAAUCUGCCUUUCACGGGCGCCUCUUUGGCAGCUUGUCAACCACACGGAGCAAACCCAUUCACAAGCUUGAUAUCCCGGCUUUCGACUGGCCCAAGGCCCCAUUCCCCUCCCUCAAAUAUCCCCUUGAGGAUUUCGCUUCCGAAAACGCCCAGGAGGAACAGCGUUGCCUCCAGGAAGCUGAACGGAUCAUCAAGGAGUUCCACAACCCUGUCACUGCCGUUGUUGUUGAACCAGUCCAAUCUGAAGGAGGUGACAACCAUGCUUCCCCAGCAUUUUUCCAGGGUCUCCGUGAAAUCACAAAGCGACAUAAUGUUCUCUUGAUCGUCGACGAGGUUCAAACCGGCCUCGGUGCCACUGGAAAGUUCUGGGCCCAUGACCACUGGAAUCUCCAAACCCCUCCUGACAUUGUCACUUUCUCUAAGAAAGCGCAAGCUGCCGGAUACUAUUACGGAAACCCGGCCUUGCGACCCAAUAAACCAUACCGUCAAUUCAACACCUGGAUGGGUGACCCAGCCCGCGCCCUUAUCUUCCGGGCCAUUCUCCAAGAGAUUGAACGAUUGAACCUCGUGGAGAACACCGCUGCCACUGGUGAUUAUCUAUUUUCUGGCUUGGAACGUCUCGCUAAGCAAUAUCCCGGCCAGUUCCAGAAUCUCCGUGGAAAGGGCCAGGGUACAUUCAUCGCUUGGGAUAGCCCACAGAGAGAUGCUAUCCUAAAGAAGGGCAAGCAAGUUGGUAUCAACAUCGGAGGGUGCGGAGAGACCGCCGUCAGACUGCGACCAAUGUUGAUCUUCCAACAACAUCACGCGGACAUCCUCCUUGAGAACCUUGAGAAAAUUGUCAAGUCUUAG